AUGUUUGGUGAAGCGCAGAAUGGAACCUAUGCCUACCGAAACAGCCAGGUUGGAUGGUUCCUUCGCAAGCCUGACUGGAAGAACAUGCAGCUGCAGCCAUUCGAGAAAAACCUGUACGAGGAACACCCGGCCACGACAAGCAGGUCGAUGGCCAAAGUGAACGCCUACAGAAAAGUGAACGGCAUAUCGGUGAAAGGGAACAACAUGCCGAAGCCCAUCCUUGCUCUGGAAGAGUCCAACUUCCCGGACUUCAUCGUCAAGAGCAUCGAGGCCUCACGCGACCACAAUUCACCCACGUCCAUCGAGGCACACUGCUGGCCCAUCGCACUCACGUGCCGGAACUUUCUAGGCAUCGCGAACACGGGAUCACAAAAGACGCUCGCCUACGUCCUGCCGGCAGUCAUCCACGUCAGCCGGCAGCCGCCCCUGCAACAGGAAGACGGACCCAUCGCCGUCGUGCUGGCUCCGACGCGAGAGCUUGCCAAGCAGAUUCAUAACAUAGUCUUGGAGUUGGGUGAGCACGCCGCCGUAAACACCGUGUGCGCCUCGAACGGAGAGCCCAAAGAAGGUCAGUACGACGAGCUGAAGAAGGGCUGCCACAUCUGCGUGGCCACUCCUCGACGCCUCAUUGACUUCCUCGAGGAAGGCAAGGUGAAUCUGCACCGCUGCACGUAG